AUGCGGUGGGCGGGGCUUGCUGCAGUCCAGGCUCGGGUUCGCGCGCCUCGCGUUCAGUCCUGAGAGAAAGUUCGCGUCGACCGAAACUCCGAGUUUCGUGGAAUAGUUCUUUAAUUGUUGAUGUCGAUUGGACUUUUCAGUUCAAACGCAGCGAGGAGUGGAUUAUAAACAACUUUAAACGGACGCACUGCGGGGAAUAGAGGUUUUUUCCAUGGCAGGAUAGUGGACGCGCACUCACACGGACGCGCAUAUUGCAGGAUUGUGUUUCAGCCGAUUUGAGCAGAAUCUCGGUUUCUGAUCUGGAUCUGAUCCCGUUUGGGUUUAAGAUACCGAUGAGGUGCUAUCCUAAUGUGUGCGAAACCCACUCUGAAGUGGGCAGAGAUUAGUUGUGGAUAAGUUUAUUGCCGCAAGUUCUUCAUGAGUUGCUUAACUUUUAAAGAAAGAUCCACAUUCAGCUGAAGAAGUGUUGGUCAUUUUCGAGAAGCUGAAGAGAUUGAUGAUCUCAGUCUGAUGAGCUGACUGGAGUUUGAGAUGGAUCAUGUUUUCUGGAUCGGUUCUCUCUCCUGGUUCUGGUUCGUGUUGACUGGACUCAUCACAGCAGAGGAAGAGGUGCUGAUGAACACAAAACUAGAAACAUCUGAUCUGAGAUGGACCAUCUACCCCAACACUGACCCUGAGUGGGACGAGGUGACGGGGCUGGAUGACGAGGGCAAUAGCGUGCGCACGUUCCAGAUCUGCCCGCUGGAGAGUGUGUCGAGCCACUGGCUGCGCACGAGCUUCAUCCCGCGGCGCGGCGCGUCUCAGGUGUACGUGGAGCUGCGCUUCACCAUGGUGGAGUGCUCGUCCCUGCCCAACGCCUACAGGACCUGCAAGGAGACCUUCAACCUGUACCUGUACCAGAGCGACGAGGACACCGCCACGCUCACACACCCCGCCUGGAUGGAGAACCCCUACACCAAGGUGGACACGGUGGCGGCGGACUUCCUGUUGCGUCGGGGCGGCGAGAAGAAGUCGAACGUGAAGACGGUGCGCGUGGGUCCGCUGGCGAAGAGGGGCUUCUACCUCGGCUUCCAGACCCAGGGCGCGUGCAUGGCCCUGCUGGCCGUCAGGGUGUUCCUCAAGAAGUGCCCCCCCGUCACACGGGCCUUCACCUCCUUCCCAGAGACGCUCCCUCAUUCGCUGGUGCAGCAGGCCGGGGGCGUGUGCGUGGAGAACUCCGCCCCCCUGAGUGAAGCUCCGCCCACCAUGUUCUGCGGGGAGGAUGGGCAGUGGGUGGGGCCUCCGUCGUCAUCCUGUGCCUGUAGACCUGGACACGAGCCCGUGGACUCGGACCGCUGCAGGGCGUGUGGAUCAGGCCAGUAUAAAGCAUCUGUUGGCGAGAGUGUGUGUCGCGCGUGUCCAGAUAACAGUAACACACACUCCGCUGGAUCUAGUGUGUGUCUGUGUCGCGCAGGAUUCUACCGAGCAGCCAGUGACCUCCCAGAUUCAGCCUGCACCAAGCCGCCGUCAGCCCCGCGCAGCAUCAUCGCUCAGAUCAAUGACACCGUGGUGACCCUGGAGUGGGCGGAGCCUGUGGACCGGGGCGGGCGCUCAGACCUCAGCUACAGUGUGGAGUGUGUGUGCUGCCGCGCCGGUGUGUGUGUUGCCUGCGCAGACAGCGUCACCUACAGGCCAGGCCAGGUGGGCGUGACCGGGAGGCGUGUCAUCAUCCGUGGGCUCCUCCCACACACCUCCUACACCUUCACUGUCCUAUCCCUGAGUGGCGUGAGCGCUGUCAGUCACACAAGCCCCGCCUCCAGCAGCAUCAACAUCACCACCAGCAGAGACGUGGCCGUUCCGGUGUCCGGGGUCAGGAGGACUAAAGCGUCGGAGAGCAGUGUUUCUCUCAGCUGGACGGUUCCUUCGCAGAACCAGCACAACAUUCAGGAGUAUCAGCUGCGCUACAGUCUGAAGGGUCAGGAUGAUGGAUGGCAGUACAUCAGCAGUAAGAGUAGCUCAGCGGUUCUGAACGAUCUGGCCCGCGGGUCUCAGUAUCAGGUGCAGGUCCGGGCGAGAACUGUGGCGGGAUACGGUCACUUCAGCACCACUGCUACUAUCAGCACGCUUCCUGACGAGGAAGAGUCUCCGUCGCGGCUGAUGCUCACUGGAGUGCUGGUUGCUAUCGGACUGCUCAUUCUCAUCGCCGUGGUGAUUGUUGCCGUGUUCUGCUUCAGGCGCUCCAACAGGACCAGGGACCCAGACCCGGAUAAGAGUGGCCAGUUCCUGAUGGGUCCGGGGAUUAAAGUCUACAUCGACCCGUUCACAUACGAGGAUCCUAACGAGGCGGUGAGGGAGUUUGCCAAAGAGAUUGACGUGUCGUUUGUCAAAAUCGAGGAAGUGAUCGGCGCUGGGGAGUUCGGCGAGGUGUGCCGGGGCCGGCUGAGGGUCCCGGGCAGGAAGGAGAGCUGCGUGGCCAUCAAGACCCUGAAGGGCGGAUACACGGACAAGCAGAGGCGGGACUUCCUGUCCGAGGCCUCCAUCAUGGGCCAGUUCCAGCACCCCAACAUCAUCCACCUGGAGGGCGUGAUCACCGCCUCCUGCCCCGUCAUGAUCCUCACCGAGUACAUGGAGAACGGGGCGCUCGACUCCUUCCUGCGGCUGAAUGAUGGCCAGUUCACUGGGAUCCAGCUGGUGGGGAUGCUGCGCGGGAUCGCCUCAGGGAUGAAGUAUCUCUCGGAGAUGAGCUUCGUGCACCGCGACCUGGCGGCCCGGAACAUCCUGGUGAACAGUAACCUGGUGUGCAAGGUGUCCGACUUCGGCCUGUCCCGCUUCCUGACGGAGAACUCCUCCGACCCCACCUACACCAGCUCUCUGGGCGGGAAGAUCCCCAUCCGCUGGACGGCUCCUGAAGCCAUCGCCUUCCGCAAGUUCACGUCCGCGUCAGACGUGUGGAGCUACGGCAUCGUCAUGUGGGAGGUGAUGUCGUUCGGAGAGAGACCCUACUGGGACAUGAGCAACCAGGACGUGAUCAACGCCAUCGAGCAGGACUACCGGCUGCCCGCUCCCCCAGAAUGCCCUGCUUCUCUGCACCAGCUGAUGCUGGACUGCUGGCAGAAGGAGAGAUCGUCUCGCCCGCGCUUCUGUGCCAUCGUCUCUGCCCUCGACCGGCUGAUCCGACACCCCGCCUCUCUCAAGAUCACCACACGCAUCCCCGACGGGCUGUCUCACCCUCUGCUGGAUCUGCGGUCUCCUCCUCUCUCUCUCUGCAGUUCUGUGGGCGAGUGGCUGCGGGCCAUAAAGAUGGAGAGAUACGAGUCGGGGUUCCUGCAGGCCGGCUUCACCUCCAUCGAGCUCGUCUCAGACAUCUGCACCGAGGAUCUUCUGCGGAUCGGCGUGACUCUCGCGGGACACCAGAAGAAGAUCCUGUCCAGCGCCCAAACGCUCCAGAUCCACAGCGGAUCCCUGCGAUACUGACCCUUCCCAGAAUCCCCUGCUUCUGCUCUUACGGACCAGUCCGUCCACGACCCAUCGGCCAAUCAAUGUGGAGCGUCACCGGCCCGCACCAGCCAAUCAGAGAGAGGCUCUGGGUCUGGUUCUCUUAGACACGGACUGAUGUCUGUUCGGGACCGUCUCCUCUCGUGGAGAGAGUUACUUCAACAGGAAACACGGGACGUUGGAACAUGACGUGUCACUGUUGCCGUGCAUUAUGGGAGUUUAAUCGGAUCUUCACAUUGAAGGUUCAUUAUAAUUAUUAUUAUUUUUAUUAUAAUAUGAGAUUAUUUUGUAAUUAUUUUGUACGUAUCAAAACAGCACAAAUAAUGAACGAAUGUUUGUUUAGCCAAAGAACUGUGGGAGCUGUCAAUCAAACUGACUGUAAACCAUGUGACCAAUCACAUUAAAGACUCAUGCUGGCCCCUCCCACGA